AUGAAUUGGCAAGUAAGGUCAACAUUCAGACCUAGAGCAAGACGAGAUGAUGAAAAAUCUUUGCAGCCAGUUGGGCCUGUGGUUGCCCAGCUGCCUCAGGCUGAGCAACCUCAAGGGGAGGAGCCACCGACUAAGCAUCAGGAUAUUAUACCUGAUCAAGAGAAAAAAGAAGGAGCAUCUGUGGUUCAAGGGCCUGCCUCAGAACCUAAUCAAAAGGAACUGGCUGGUGAAAAGAUGGCAUGAGCUGGAGAUGGUCCUGCUGUCAAAGGGAGGGGACUUGCAAAUCUAGAGCCCCUUGAGAUGCCAGAGGCAGGUGAAUGGAAACCACAGGUUUAA